AUAUGAGCAUUCAACGGGGAGAGAGGCCAUCCUUGAAAUGCUUUAUGCUAUUAUAAUGAAAUUCCCAGUUAGCAUCAUAGAUGAACAAUCUCAGACGUUUUUUCUGCAUUUGGUGGUUUGUCUGGCAAAUGAUCGUGACAACAAAGUCCGUUCAAUGACUGGUACAGUCAUAAAGUUACUUAUUGGACGAGUCAGCCCACGUUCGCUCCAGUCAAUUCUUGAGUUUAGUCGGUCCUGGUAUCUGGGAGAUAAACCACAUUUAUGGAGUGCUGCAGCACAGGUUUUGGGGUUACUCAUUGAAGUACUUAAAGAUGGUUUCCAAAAGUAUAUUGAUAGCCUCUUGCCUGUUUUGAGAAACAUCUUGCAAUCUGCUGUUAAUGUUCUUACAAAUAAGCAAGUGGAUCUACCAAAUGAUGCAACAAUUUCAUCUUGGAAAGAAGCAUAUUAUUCACUGGUUCUGUUUGAGAAGAUAUUAAAUCAAUUUCCUAAGUUGUGCUUCAGAAAGGAUCUUGAGGAUCUGUGGGAAGCAAUCUGUGAGUUGCUUUUGCAUCCGCAUCUGUGGUUGUGCAACAUAUCAAACCGUCUUGUGACUGGCUACUUUGCCACUGUGACCGAGGCUUGUAAAGAAAACCUUAAAGGAACUUACUAUUUGAUGAGGCCAAGUAGACUUUUCUUCAUAGCUACUUCUCUUUGUUGUCAGCUGAAGGUGCUGCAGACUGAUGAUGCUGCCAGUGAUCUCAUUACUCAAAAUCUUGUCUUUUCAAUUUGUUGCAUCCAUUCUUAGGAAGAAAUGAAUGUGAGUUCUGUCCACCUUUGAACAUGAUGAGCAGGGUCUUCUACUUAAGGCUUUUCAACAGCUUGAUUCAAGGAAAGGGAAAAACAUCUAUUUAUCUCGUCUCUGACCUUAGCGGUCAAGAAGAUGAAAACCAGCGCUACUUGGUCAUUUCCUACUUGCUUAAGACAAUGGGGAAGAUUUCCCUUCAUGUGGAGGAUAUGCAGAUGAAAAUUAUCUUCAAUUGUUUUAAAUCAAUUUCACCAAAGCUUAUAGAUCAGAAUAGAUUGUUGACCCCUGAAGGUGAGGUUGAUUGCCAAAGCUUUGCAUAUCAUAUGCUGUUGCCGCUGUACAAAGUUUGUGAAGGAUUUGCCGGAAAAGUUAUAUCAGAUGACGUGAAACAAAUGGCUGAAGAAGUGCGCGGGAGCAUAAGCAAAGUUAUGGGAGUGCAGAGUUUUGUCCAAAUCUACAGUCAUAUAAGGAAGAAUCUCAAAUCCAAGAGGGAUAAGAGGAAACAAGAAGAGAAGGUGAUUGCUGUGGUUAAUCCAAUGAGAAAUGCCAAGAGGAAGCUGAGGAAUGCAGAAAAGCAUAAAGCACACAAGAAAAGGAAAAUGAUGGCAAUGAAGAUGGGAAGAUGGAUGUAGUUAGUUAGGCUGUGUUAGGUGUGAACAAUUGAUCAUCUUUAACACAAAGAAGGGUGGGUUCCAUCUGGGAGUGAGAGUUGGCAUCAAUCUCACGCCUUGUCAUCAGAUAACAAAGUAGAUUUCGCCCCAGAACCCUCCGCAGCCGGGGUAGGCCUCCCCUAAGUAGCUUCUAUAGAAAAUUUUGUUUAAUUUAUUUGAUUAACUUUUUCAUUGUAUAGUGCUAGUAGUUGCACUAAGCUUAGUUAAAGAAUGGAAUCUGUAUAGUGAAUAUAGUGGCUCUUUGAUUAACCUACAAUGACAGAGAACAUUGUAAGUGAUUGAACAGUGUAGUUUAAGGUUUUUUGGUAAUGGAAUUAAAGAUCUUGGCUUUUAGAGUUAAAA